AUGGCAACUCAUAAAUGUCGUAAUAUUAUGUCUGAAUGUACAAAACUUACACCAAACAAUGAUAUUUUUCCUCAUGAAAUUAAAAUAAUAUUGGAAAACAUUGUAAACUUAAAAAAAGUAUCAAUGAUGCAUCUGAUAGUCGUCGUGUUAUCAGGUGUUGCACAUUGGUGUUUCAGAACAGUUUUAAAUAUUGAUAUGGAUUGGAAUAUUCCACUCAUAUUUUUUGGAGUUAUUAUUGGAUAUCCUGGUAUUAAUAUAGGAAAAUUUUAUUCAAUUAAUCAUAUUUUGAAUGCUUUAGGAUCAAACAAAUCAACAGUAAUUAGUUUGAUCGAACGAGCAACUAGAGAGGUCAAGCAAUAUUUGAAAAUGAAGAUUGAAGAUAGUCAUGUGAACGGUUCAGUAACAAUAGAAAGUUUAUUACAUGAACUAGAGAAAAAAAGAUCCAUUAUUCAAGCUUUCGGUGAAUUCAAUACUUUUGUAUCUUCAUUCAAUCUUUAUCGUGCAGAUAAAACAGCAUAUCAUCGAUCUGUUUUAAAUACAUUAUGGAACGGUCCAAGUUGUUACUUUAGACAAUUAGUAAAAGGCGAUGUUAAAUGUGAAAAUCCAUGGUUAUCUAUUGUUGCAGCUGCACAUCCUGGUGCCAUUAUAAAUAUCUUGAAAGAAGAAAAUAAUCAACUCGGUUCUGAUGGAUUAUUUGCAAGGUAG